AUGGAUCUCCAGGAGACCCAGCGUCUCCUUUCCGAAUAUCUGCAUAACCUUGCGGAUCUAUUUCAUCGCGUGCCUGGAUCUGCAAUUCUCCUUCGCUACGUGAAAUCAAGCUAUCAAGAUGACCCAAUUCGUUCUGCUGUUGAACUUUUCCUCUUCCUUUUCGCCGUACGAUACCUACUGGCUCCGAAGUAUUCGACCAAGCCAGGCGUCGUUCCACUGACGGAAGAUGAGAUCGAUGACCUGGUGGACGAAUGGACCCCUGAGCCUCUCGUCGGGAGACCUACCAGCCUGGAAGAGAUGGAAGUCGAUAAGCGCGCCGUGAUCGUUGGCCCUGUAGGCCCCAAAUCGAAACUCGCCAAUGGUCGCACCGUUAUGAACCUGGCAUCAUUGAAUCACUACAACUUCAACACCAAUGAGUCCCUAAAGGAACAAGCCAUCCAGACCCUCCGCACGUAUGGUGUUGGCCCCUGUGGUCCUCGUGGCUUCUACGGCAGUCAAGAUGUACACAUGAAGACGGAAGACGAUGUAUCGGCUUUCCUGGGUACUGCGGCUUGUAUAAUGUACUCUCAGGCCUUUUCCACUAUCUCAAGUGUUAUUCCUGCUUUCUCAAAGCGUGGAGAUAUUAUUGUUGCAGACAAGGGAGUUAGCUUUGCCAUCCGCAAGGGUAUACAGAUCUCCCGAAGCAUAGUCCGUUGGUAUGAACAUAACGAUAUGGAGGAUUUGGAGCGAGUGCUCGCAAAGGUCACCAAGGAGCAAGCUCGGAAGCCUUUGACUCGCAGAUUCAUUAUCACAGAGGGUCUUUUCGAGGCUUACGGUGACAUGUCAGACCUGCCUAAGAUCAUCGAACUGAGACUCAAGUACAAGUUCCGUUUGAUCCUGGAUGAGACCUGGUCCUUUGGUGUUCUCGGUCGCACUGGCCGUGGUAUCACAGAGCACCAGAAUGUCGAUGCAGCUGAAGUUGAUAUGAUUGUAGGAUCACUGGCUGGUCCCCUUGUUGCUGGCGGUGGCUUCUGUGCUGGCUCAGAGGAGAUUGUUCACCACCAGCGUAUUUCGGCUGCUGCGUACACCUUCUCUGCCGCUCUUCCCGCCUUGCUCUCAACUACUGCCAGUGCCACUAUCAACAUCCUUCAGAACAACCCCGAAACUGUGUCUCAACUUCGGGAACUCACCAAGGCCAUGCGGGCUCAAUUAGACCCCCGCAGUGACUGGGUUUACUGCACCAGCUCUCCUGAGAACCCUGUCCUCAUUUUGGUCAUCAAACCUGAGGUGGUGGCUGCCAAGAGGCUCACAGAUACUGACCAGCAGUUCUUGCUCCAGGACGUUGUUGAUGAGUCCCUUGCCAAUGGUGUCAUGAUCACCCGGCUGAAGACUCUUGAGGACAACUUCGAACCCAAGCAGGUUGUCCCACCAGCCCUCAAGGUGUGUGUCACGACUGGCCUCACCAAAAAAGAGACCGAAAAGGCGGGCACAAUCAUUCGUCAUGCCAUCACUAAAGUGAUGAGCAAGAGAAAGUAG